AUGGGGGAAAGCUCCAUUCUGUUCAGCCGAUGUAUCAACUUCGAAAAAAAAAAAAAAUUAAGUUACCCCGUGAAGCAUAGUGGUAUGGCCUCCAGAAAAAGCCACUGCCACUGGUCCGUGAAUAGACGAAAGGGGGAGAGCUCCUCCACCAUGAUGCAGUUAACAAAGGAUACGACCUUCUUCGAGGGCGGUAAAGACAACAACGACGGAAGGGACAGUGGGAAGGAGCACAUGAGUAGGAGUCCAGAGGAAGGUGCCAAUCAAGGAACCAUUGCAGAGAGUCGGGAGGAGGACAUGUUGCUGAGUCUACUCAAGAUGAAGGAUCUAGUAGCGGAUCACAAUUUACGGAAGAGGAAGAAUGAAAAAUGUUAUGUGGACCAGAUAAAGCAAGCGAAGAAUUAUUUGAGGGAAACAAUGGGAUCGAAGGGGGAGGAGGACUUCACAGGAACGUUCCCAUGUGCCUCAGAAUACAAUGGGUUCUGUCAACUACUUGAUGCAGGGUUAACGUUUUCUCACGUGAACGUAGUAAGUGGGGUCAUGAUUUAUACGUUUAAAUGUUUGCGCCAUGCUGAAUGUUUGGGGGAGGCAUAUGUAUUGACAACGGACAAAUCACAAUACAGUGAAAUUCUGACGAAGGGACACCUCUGCAUAGCAAGGAAGGAACCCGUGUUUGAAGAGGUUAAUAGCGUGGUCAAGCGUUACCAGUGGACUUUCUUCGAUAACUGCUACAGUGCACGCUCUGGAAGAAACAGAGCUAUUGCCAUGGGGUACAGGUAUUUGAACUCCAGCACAAGUGCUAAGAGAUAUGUCCGGAACUUCGUUUGUAGCAUGAAGAAGAGGUGCAUGAGUCGACUGAGGGUAGUACAUUGCAGAGGCACAAACAACACGUGGAUCGAGUUUAACUCCACUUACCAUGAGAAGAAUUGCCUCUUCUAUAGACCUUGGGAAUGGGAAACCGAGGAUAAUGCAACACGAAGAAUUGGGGGCAACGGAAACAACCUCACCAGUCAUGGUACGGAAAAAAGUAGCACCCAUGAUACAGGCAUAGAUAGACCUUCUCAGAUGAUGAGACAAAAUCAGGUGGUCUUUUAUAACCGUCCGGUCAUUCCUACCAAUGGGAAGACCUUUCCCCAACAAGACUUACGAAGUAGUGCGUCCCACUUACAUGCAAGGUACAACUGGGGGAACAACAACGAUGCGAUGGUCCUCGUUCAGCAUCCUGGUGGAGCUGGUGGAGCUUGUCACAGGGGAGCUGCCACACAGAAGAACGUUAUAUUGGUGCCUACCAGUCUGAAUCGCCAAGGGGAUAGGGUUGCAAAUGGUUACUACGAAGUGGAUCCACGCAACGGAAGGGGCCCACCCAAUCAGGUGAGACCAUUACACCUACCUGGACAAUACCUUGCCACGCGUUCUCAUAGGGGAGCUCUUCUAAAUGGAAGGAAUGCACCUGCAAAUGUUUUUCCCCAAAGUGGACAGUUCCAAAGGGAAGAAGGAACCGUAAGGAAACAUGGUACAAGGGGCACUACGGGGAUGCGUAGAACCGACAUUGCAGUAGGUGGGACGAGGUUGUUGCCCCUGUCAAAGGAAAACCCCCCCAUGUGUGGAAACAAUAUACAGAGAGAGGUCAACCCCAGCAGGCGUAAACGCGCAAGCAGUGGCGUCGUCAGGGGGAAACAGCGCAGCACAAGAAUAAGGGCACAGAAAAAAAAAACGAUAAUUGAAGACCAGGGGGUAAGCAAAGAGAGAUCCGCGAACUGUACCUCUGGGAAGCCCCCCAGCCGAAGGAGCAGAAGGGGUAGAGGAGCCAUCUUAAAACCACUUAACACUUAA